GUUCGCCUGGUCUUAGAGAAGGAUGUGAGGUGGAAUGGAAAGUUCAAUACAAGAAAUCUGGGAUAUUGCUCGUUUACGUGGGGAUACAGUCUUUCUACAGAGUUGCGCGCCUUUACGCGACUGGAGAGCUCUUUGGGAUUUGGGGCGUCAGUAGAACUUUGUAACACCAAACAUGACCGAGGAGAACAAGUCAGUGGCGCAGCAGCCAUGCAGUCCAGCGGAAAGCGACGGCUCUGCGUCCCAGCAUGGAUCGGAUUCAGACUCUCCGGCCUCUCCAGCAAGGCCCAAAGCGCAGGAGGUUUCGCGCCCGCCCGGGAUUGUGCGCAAACUGGAGAGUUGCCCGGAAGACGAGCGAUUCCCUGCCUGCAUUCGCGACGCGGUGUCGCAGGUGUUAAAAGGUUACGACUGGUCGCUGGUGCCUAUGCCCAGUCAGGGAGAGAGGGGGCUGAAGAGUAAACCUCAUGUGAAACGGCCCAUGAACGCGUUCAUGGUUUGGGCGCAGGCAGCGCGGAGGAAGCUGGCGGACCAGUACCCACAUCUGCACAACGCAGAGCUCAGCAAGACGCUGGGUAAACUGUGGCGACUUCUCUCUGAAACAGAGAAGCGUCCCUUCGUGGAGGAGGCCGAGAGGCUGAGGCUGCAGCACAAAAAAGACUACCCGGACUAUAAAUACCAGCCUCGAAGACGCAAGAGCUCCAAACCGGACCAGGGGGACUGCAGACCUGCACUGGUCCAACAGCAGCAGCAGGGCUUGUAUAAAAUUGACCCGGGUGUGGCCAGGCUGGCUGCCACAGAGGAAGUGGACCACCAUUACCAUCCAGACAGGACAGGUCAGUCUCAUGGACCUCCAACUCCUCCCACUACCCCUAAAACAGACCUGCACACGGGGACCAAACAUGAGAGCCGUCGGUCCGUGGACACGAUGAGCUCUAGCUCUGCUCCUCCUCCCAACCGUCAGAACAUUGACUUCAGUAACGUGGACAUCUCAGAGCUCAGCACUGAUGUCAUCGGCACCAUCGAUGGCUUCGAUGUUCAUGAGCUCGACCAGUACCUGCCUCCAACCAGCCAGGGCGCCACUAUUCUAACUCCACCAGAUACCGGCAACCCCUCUGGUUCUUUCAUCCCACCCAGCACCGACUGUCACACUUCUAACAUCCCCAACUGGCCGUCCAAAACAUCUGGUGGGACUUCCGCCGGAAUGCCACCAUUGUCUUCCAAUUGUGAGACCCAGGGGCUGCACGAGGACCGCGGCCAAAAACCUCAGAUUAAAACUGAGCAGAUGAGCCCAGGUCACUACAACUCCUCCAGUCCUCCACCAUCAUCACACCAACCUGAGUACACAUCCCUGGGUUCAGGCGCCUGCCCUUCCUCCUCCUCCUCCACCUCCUCCUCGUCUGCCAACCAGUCAGACUACACUGACCUUCAAAGCUCCAGCUUCUACACCGCUUUCUCUGGCUACCCUGCUAGUCUGUAUCAGUACCCAUACUUUAAUUCCUCCCGCAGGUCUUAUGCUACCCCACUUAUCAACAGCUUAGCCUUGGCACCACCUACACAUAGUCCUCCUUCUGGCUGGGAGCAGCCUAUCUAUACUACCCUCACCAGGCCUUGAAAAAGAUAAGAAACAUGGUCAUAUAGACAGAUAAUAAUAGACUGACAAUGUUUGAGGAUUUCUGAAGAAUACUGCUGAUUGUUGCUGGCCAUAACUCACAUAGUAUGUCAAUAUGUUGCUGCAUUUGUUGAUUUUUCAGACAAAAAACUAAAUAUUCAGUGUUUUUCUCGACUUGGAGCAUAAACACCUGCAGAAUGACAUUUAAACCCACUUUGGACACUGAAAUGUUCCAUUGAAAUGCCACACUAAUGAAAUUUCAGUAUGAAAGUCACACCUAUUUCAGACACGGUGUUUUAUAACACUUUUCCACACUAAAACUGGCAACGUUAAAUAGUUUCCUAAUUUUCAUACAUUUUCAAGUCGUGGCCUUUUUUAUUUUUUCCCCUUUGCUAAUGACAGCAUUAUGUGAAAGUGACACGUUUCCAGAAGGAUUUUUAUUCUUUAGCCAGUAAGAAUGUGAUUUACAUCAAUAAUGACCAAGAGAUUGUAUCUUUUCUUAAUGAGAAACCUUAAAGGCCCACGCCUACUCAGCUGUUUGUUACAGUAUGUGUUACCUAUCAUGGCUAUGUAUGAUUGUUUGACAAUCAGAGGAUGUUUUUGCUCAGUGUGGAGCUCACCUAAAAGGAAGCUGUACCUGUGAAUUUUGGCGUCACAGCUGGUUUUGAAGCCAGUCCUGGUCCUAUCAGUUAUUCUCUGCAGAUCGGUUCCCCGCUGCUGCUUCAUUUCCCCUCUGACAGCUGCUCCUGCUGGGUUUCCUGUAAGGAGAUUACUUAAUUUCACAGUCCAAGCUGCGGCUGUCCUGUCCAUCAGCCGCAAGGUUUGAUGGGCAGGACAGCUGCGUGAGGUUUUCCAGAGGCACCACACAAAACACGCAAAUUAGUAACAUAAAAGAAGAGUGGCUUGGCCCGGUGGUUUAUA